AUGCCUCGAAAACCACGUUUAUCUACUUUCGAGAAAGGACAAAUUGUAGCAUACCAAUCCAACUGUUGGCCUGUGUCACGAAUCGCGGAGGAGAUAGGGCGGUCUAGAAACGUGGUGAAUGCGUUUCUUCGGGACCAGGCUCGAUAUAAUCGCAAGAACCCGGGUGGAGGGCCACGUAAGCUUACUGCAGCUGACCAGAGAAGGAUCAAUCGAGAGGCUUCCAAGGGUGUUUUGAGCUCCGCUGGCAUUGUUAAAGCCUUACAAUUGAAUGUUAAGGCACGGAGAGUACGUCAGGUACUGCAGGCAAACAAAAACCUGCGAUACAAACGAGUAGCGAGGACUCCGGCGACGCGUGAAAGGCAUGAAGAAGCUCAUGUCUCUUGGGCAAAGGGCACGAUGGCCUAG